CAAUUCCGUUCCACACACACUCAACCCUCCACCAUCUCUACGCUCCGGCGCAAGUUAGACACACACCAGAAUGGCCGUCACAACCACAGCCGCCGCCGCCGCUACCUCGUCGUUCUUGGGGACUCGUCUGCCCGACGUGCACUCCAAUUCGGGCCGGGUCCAGGCCAGGUUCGGAUUCGGAACCAAGAAAAAAGCCAAGAAGGUAUCCAAACCCAGUACGGAUCGCCCGCUAUGGUACCCCGGAGCCCAAGCACCUGAGUGGCUUGAUGGUACUCUGGUCGGCGAUUACGGGUUUGACCCGUUUGGGCUGGGCAAGCCUGCGGAGUACUUGCAGUAUGAUUUGGACUCGUUGGAUCAGAACUUGGCCAAGAACCAGGCGGGCGAUAUUAUCGGGACCCGAUUUGAGACAUCGGACGUGAAGUCCACACCGUUUCAGCCGUACACGGAGGUGUUUGGACUGCAGAGGUUCCGAGAGUGCGAGCUCAUUCACGGGCGGUGGGCUAUGUUGGCCACUCUCGGCGCUCUUGCCGUCGAGUCUCUCACCGGUGUCACAUGGCAAGAUGCUGGAAAGGUGGAGCUAAUUGAAGGGUCCUCUUAUCUUGGGCAACCACUUCCAUUUUCCAUGACCACAUUGAUAUGGAUAGAGGUAUUGGUGAUUGGAUACAUUGAGUUCCAGAGGAAUGCAGAGCUUGACCCAGAGAAGAGGCUGUACCCUGGUGGCAAGUUCUUUGACCCCCUGGGCUUGGCCGUCGACCCGGAGAAGAAGGCCAUCCUUCAACUUGCAGAGAUCAAGCACGCCCGCCUCGCCAUGAUCGGCUUUCUCGGCUUCGCCGUCCAGGCUGCCGCCACCGGCAAAGGCCCACUCAACAACUGGGCUACCCAUUUGAGUGACCCACUCCACACAACCAUUAUUGACACUUUCUUCUCCUCGUGAGCUCCUUUUGUCCAUCCUUUUUAAUCCCUUGGCUGAGAACAUUUUGCUUCUAUAUAUUAUUAUGAUCUAUAGAAGAUCAUUACAGCCGCUUUUCUUGUAAAAAUUGUAACAUUAAUGGACAGCUUAUGCAGAAUGCUAUUUUGCUAUUAA